AUGAUAUCAUCUUUUGAGGCGUCCUUGAAGCACUUACAAGAUCUCAAGUCACCCGUGAAACAUAACGGGUUUACCAGUAACGCCUUUAGUGAUGGCUUCGAGAUGGUACCAAUAAAUUUGACCGCUUUAGAUAAGACUUCAUUAUACAUGGGAGACAAGAAAAUAUAUAUGAAUAUUAGAAAAAGAACAUAUAAAGACGGCGUGCAUCCUAAGGCGAAAAAGAAACCAUCGAAUAAUAAAAAUAAGCGUGGUAAAGCUAAUAAGCCUCGAUCGGUGGCUCCAGAUCAAGAAUCUGAUUCAGAUCAACCUGUUGCAAAACAUAAUAAAAACAAUGGCCGUGCCAAACCAAGCAAGACAACAGGGAAUAGGAGAAACCAUUGGACAAAAAACAGGCCAGCUGUUGGAGAGCAAGGCUCUGAUUCAGAACAACUUACUCAACGUCCUUCUGCUAAAAAGAUCAUUGAUAUAGAUGGUAUCGCAAAUAUGAAAGUGUUACCGGUGGAUGACCAGGGGAAACCAAUUCAACUAGUAUAUAUUGAUUCACAAUCAGAGGAUGAAUCUUCAGAUGACUAUGAAGAUGCGGCACAUAACACUAGAGCCAAGCUGAAUGCUAAUAGAUAUGGCAUGGACUCCAAAAUGUCGUCGCAAGAGUCAGAGUCAGAUACAAGUUCAAGACGGUCGUAUAUUGCCAGUGAUUCUAUAAGCAAGACAAGCGAUGAUGAUAUGGAAAUACCCGAUUCUCGCAAAGGAAAUCGUAAUAUGGCGUCGUCGAAAUUUUUGUCUGCCACAACCCAAGCUAAUAAGAGACGGGCAGAUGAAGCAUUUGAAAGAUCUCCAAUUAGAAAAGAAAUUCAGAAAAAGAAAAAAGAAAAACCGCGUCUUGGCAAGAGUCUUAGAGAUAUUCUUAAAGAGAAAUCCAUCCUUUUACAAGACGAGCCUAUUGAGAAAAAGGCCCGCACCAGGCAAGAUAAGGAUGCAGCGCUUAUUGAUUCUCUAUUAUCUGACCAAGUUUCAGAUACCGACCUACCAUCACCAAAAAGGAAUUUCCGUACUCCAAGCCCUGUUAAAUUACUGGUACUGUCUUUGAAGGGAAAAUUAAACAAAGAUUCCGACACUGUUCCUGUUAAGACACCAAAAAAUAAGGCUCCAGCGCCUAGGUGGUCAAAACCCGGAAGAAACACAUCCCCAAUAAAAUAUGGCAGCGCUGACUCCAAAAUUGGAGGUGCAAAGAGUAUACAUAAUACUGCUCAAGAAGCAAAACCACUGACAAAACCACGCCCUCAGAAACUCGCUAGUAACAAUAUAAGUAAUCGUGAUACGAAUGGUAUCAAGGUGAAUAAACCAAUCUCACUGUCAGUACUACAUGAUACUUCCAACUCAGUGUCAGUCAAAAAUACUAUCUCAGAUAAAAGCGUUCUUAAGAAUGGAGUUGAGAAAUUAACAUCCCCUUCCCAAGGGGAUCUUCAUGAUUCCCAGAGAUUAACCAAACCAUCCAAUGGAUACUCUCAAAAGAUCAAACAAUCACCACAAACAGAAUCAAGUUCUCUGGUAUCAAUAUUACUCAAAGAUAACCCAGAUUUGCUUGUCCAGGCAUAUGAAAUUUAUAAAGAUACAAUUAUUGAUCUUAUUGAAGUUCAAAAGUGUGCUACGAAUCGGAAUGGACAUCGGGGUGAUGAUUAUUUUGCGAAACUUAAUUCUUUUACUAAGAAAAUGGACCGGGCCAAGAAGAUGGUGGAAAUGGAGAAGCACAGAUUACUGGAGUAG